AUGAAGCUAAUUUCCAUCUUCGCUUCUUUGCUGUGCGCUUCCACAGCCGUCGUUGAAGCCGCGCCCAGAAAACCCGCUACCAUCUGGAAACGACCCAAACCGCUCAUUGAGAGGCGUGUAGCUGGUCGCGACUUCAGCAACCCAGAGAUCCAGAAGAGGGCCCAGAGCUAUUUUGCGACUGCAAAGACCAAGCCCUUCGCCGUCGAUGGCAAGGCUUUUCCCGAGGUCAACUUUGAUAUAGGAGAGAGCUAUGCUGGCUUGCUGCCCAUAUCAAACGACCCCAAGGAGACGCGAAAGCUGUUUUUCUGGUUCUUCCCAGCCAAGACGGGCCACACACCAGAGGAAAUCGUCAUCUGGCUCAAUGGUGGCCCUGGCUGCAGUUCGCUCAUCGGGCUGCUCGAUGAAAAUGGCCCGUUCACGUGGCAGCAGGGCACUCUUGCCCCGACUCCCAACCCGUACUCGUGGAACAACAUCACCAACAUGCUUUGGGUUGAGCAGCCAGUUGGCGUCGGCUACUCCGAGGGCGUACCCAAUAUCACCAACGAGGUUGAACUUUCCAAGCAGUUCCGCGGCUUCUACAAGAACUUUGUUGAUACCUUCCACACCUACAACUGGAAGACGUACAUCACUGGAGAGUCUUACGCCGGCAUGUACGUUCCUAACAUCGCCAACAGCUUUAUCAAGGCCAACGACAAGAAGUACUUCAACCUUGCCGGUAUCAGUAUCAAUGAUCCUGUCCUUGGUGACAACACUAUCCAGCAGCAAGUUGUAAUUCUCCCUUUUGUCCAACAUUACCAGAAUAUCUUCGGACUCAACGAUACCUUCAUGGCGGCCAUCACCAAGAAAAAUCGGGAAUGCGGUUACGCCCAGUACUUGGACAAGUACUUCAGAUUUCCUCCGCCAAAGGGUCCUUUCCCUGUUCUUCCCGACCCAUAUGCUGGUAAAGUCCCUGUUUGCGACAUGAUUGACGACUUCGGUAUUGCCCUUUCAGAGAUCAACCCUUGUUUCAACAUCUACCAUGUCACAGACACGUGCCCAUUCGUGUACGAUGUCAUGGGCAUAGUCAACACAGGAGACUACUCCCCGCCAGGCAUUGAGAUUUACUUCAACCGAACCGAUGUCAAGAAGGCUCUCCACGUCAACCCCAACACCAACUGGAUGCAGUGCACAGACGUCAACGUCUUCGCCAACGGCAAUGAAAAUAACACAGACACCUCCCUCCCACCUACCAUAGACGGCACGCUCCAGAACGUUAUUGAGCACACCAACAACGUCUUGAUCGGCUCCGGUGACCUCGACAUGCUCAUCGCCACCAACGGCAGCCUCUUCGCCCUCCAGAACAUGACUUGGCACGGCGUUCAGGGUUUUUCCAAAUAUCCAUGCACUCCUCUCUACGCACCCUAUCACCCCGAGUGGAAUGGGGGAUCGCUUGCCGGCGCCGGCUACCUCGGCAAAUGGAUCAAGGAGCGUGGGCUCACUUUCUAUACUUCCUUUCUCGCCGGUCAUGAGGUGCCUCAGUACACACCUGGCGUCGGUCUCCGCAUGCUUGAGAUUUUGCUUGGUCACGUCAAGGACUUUAGCAGCACUGAUAACUUUGUCGGGCAGAAUGGCCAAUUCACUGGCACAAUUCCUAUAUACAAGCGCGAUGAUUAG